CAAUCACCGGAGGCGAAGGAGCUGUCCCUUGUGGGCAAAGUAGAGAUGCGUAUAGCACUUGCGGAUGGUGAUCAGAAGCUGCAAACGACUCUAAAUACCUACUUGGCGCCACUACUACUCAAACUCGCCUCUGAGCACAUGAGCGUCCGAAACAAGGUCAUCAGCAUCUGCCAACAUAUCAAUCUUAGGAUAAAACCAGAAUCAAAUCCAAACACUCCACUGAUCCGCCACUUUGAUCUCUUGUACAUACAGACUGGUGUUCGGCGCAUGUCGUUCGUUGAGAGCACCGCUCUAUUCCCUGUCGUACUACAAAGUGUCGCUUCUGCAGGCAAAACAUCACCUGCUCAUGGCUCUCAAAUGUUCAAUCUGCUCCUCCAGCUAUUGAAAUACUUCAAACUUCCCCCGAGAGGUACCAAAGAAGAUGAAGAGUUGCGCUCAACCUUCCAGCUCAGUGCCGAAGAUACUUCGUUCUUGGCCUUUUGGUUCGGAAGAUUAAUCUUGUUCUCUGUGGUCAGGGGUAGUAACAAUACUGCCUCAGUGACCUGCGCUGGUCUUAGACCAAGCGAGUACUCCUUCUUGACGUUGCAAAAUAAAGAAGAUGUGUGGAACCCCGCUUCUCCUAUGGGUCUCAAUCUACUCGAGAUCAAGUCAAGUGUUGCCAAAGUUCUUGCGAGUGGCAUGUUCACAGACAAAGAACGUGUUCUUCCUGCUUUGUUUGCUUCCACUGAAUUCACUUCUGAGAUCGGGGAGGAUAUGCUAAAGAGAACUCUUCCUAACAUCUCCCUUGAAGACACAGAGUUUAUCCAAUCUCUGUAUACCUUUGAGAAGAGUCUCUACGCCAUUGCUCCGAGGGUUCUGGGAAGACUAAGGGAAUAUAUCGAGGGCCAGAGCUGGCCAAAACCCAGUCAGAAUGAGGAUCUGGUGUCUCGCGGCUAUGCUUACGAGGUGAUUGGUCUUCUGGCUAAAGCUGGUCCAAAGGAUCUGGUGGUCGAACCAAACCUGGACAUACUGCGCUGGCUUCUCGAAUCCUUAGCUCUGGACACAACUUCAAGCUCGGUGACUGUCAGCAUCGAAGAGUCGCUCUCAAGUAUGCUAGGAGCAUUCGUAAAACACAAAGAUGCAGAGACUGCAAUCAGUCUUGAAAACCUUCUGAUCGAUCAGAUGUACAAAUCUGGAACGCCCGGACGCCGCAGUACCCGCUACGUAGCUGUUCGAUACGCCAAUCGUUGCCUUCCUUAUGCAUCUGUGAAGGCUCGCUGGGUCAACUUGCUCGCCAUUGCUGCCGAGGCCACCGAUAGACAAGAAGUUAUUGAGGAGGGCAGGCGUGGACUCAGCCCAUACUGGUACCGUAUGCUCAACGGUUCCGUUGGCACUUCUCAGACAGACGAGAGUGUUCAUUUCCCUUCUUUCCAGGACCUGAUGGAUUAUGUCUUCUAUCAAGUACAUACUGAUGUUUCGGGCUCUAAUGGACCCCGCAGCCCAUCUGAGGCAGUUGAAAAACUCCUCCAGCAGCACCCAAGCGCUUUCAUGGACGCUAUCAAGUAUUGCCGACGUGUGUUUAUGCAUCAUGCCAUGUCCAAGAGCUCGACUCAGGUUAAGCUAGAUGCCGAUUGGGAAUAUAAGUUUGAUACUGCUAUUGAGAACGACGAGCAGAUUCGACAGACUGUCAAAGAGUGCAUCGCACAGCUUGCCAUGGAGGGACACAGUGCUGCCAAGAAUUUACAGCUUCUGUUGAGGGCAUUCUCCGUGAGCGUGUUGAUACCUGAAGGCAGCAAAGUCAGGGUCGAAGACACAGACAAGCUAUUCCUGGAUCUUUGUGCUCUCAGCCCUGAUUCACUGGUCGAAACAGUGGCUCCCCAGUUUGCUGGUCUGCUUCCAUCGAUCUUCUCAAACAAACUCAGUACAAGACAAUCUGCUGCUCAUGCCUUUGGUCUGCUCGCUUCCCAUCCUAGGAACCAAAGCGACCGCCGAGCAGAAGUGCUGCAGUCUAUACAUCAACUUCUGAAUAAGAUCUCAGCAUGGCGUGAUGCUGUGGGUGCAGCAGCAAAUCAAGUCCAUGGUUCAGUCUCUGCAUUGGGUUUCUUCUACAGCAGAUACGCUUUGAGAGGAGCCAAUGACUUCGAGUCUUCCGCACCUUUCUCAGAGUAUACAUCAAAGAUUGUCGAGAUCCUCAUUGAGUCUACAGAUAAAGUACUACAAGAAGCCAGCUAUAACGCGAUCGGCGAUUUGUGUCUCUUCCAAGCAGUCAAGCCAGCUAUCUUUGAGAAGUCAGGUGGCUUCAAAGCCGUCAUCGAUAAGACAGCUGACAUUGCUAAGGGAGGCAGCGAGAGCGCAGCCCUGGCUGUUGGACAGAUGGCUACCGUACUUGACGAGUCGACACUCGAAGCAAACACUGAAGAAAAGUCACUUCUUGAGCAUACCUCAGAGCGUCUGCACCAACUGCACGACAUUCGACAGGCCGAGACACACUUUUCAGUGGGCGAGGCUUUGAGCUACACAGCGGUUGGCUGGAAGUCAAAGGCUCUCAUUCAUCGCAUUGAUGUGGAAUCUCCAGUGCCCUCUGGACCUCAACGAACUGACGCGCUGCGAAAGCUGCUUGACAGAACACUUCAGGACUGCAAACAGACCAAGCCUUCGCUCAAGAAAGCAUCAGUCAUCUGGCUGUUGUGUCUCGUGCAGUUUUGUGGCCAUCUGGAAGAAGUGCAGAGUCAAUUGGCUGCCUGCCAGAUCGCCUUCAAAAAGUGUCUCUCUGAUCGUGAUGAACUGGUUCAGGAGACAGCUUCCAGAGGUCUGGGUCUUGUUUACGAGAAGGGAGACAGAAGUUUGAAGGAUGAUCUGGUCAGAGAUUUGAUUGGAUCAUUCUCUUCUGACAACAAGGCACAGCUCUCUGGAAGUGUUACCGCCGACACGCAGCUCUUCGAGCCUGGAGCACUCCCAACUGGUGACGGAUCUGUGACCACGUACAAAGAUAUCAUGAGUCUUGCUGCAGAGGUCGGUGAUUCCAGUCUAGUAUACCGCUUCAUGUCUCUGGCAUCCAGUAAUGCUAUCUGGUCCAGCAGAGCCGCAUUUGGCAGGUUCGGACUCAGCAACGUCUUGUCAGAUUCAAGUGUCGACGGAUACCUCGCCAGCAACCCAAAGUUGUAUCCCAAGCUCUACCGAUACCGAUUUGACCCCAACCCUAACGUUCAGAGAUCCAUGACCGAUAUCUGGAAUGCACUGGUCAAGGAUUCUACAGCAACCAUCGACUCGCACUUUGAUGCCAUCAUGGAUGAUUUGUUACUGAACAUUCUCGGNAAAGAAUGGCGAGUCCGUCAGGCCUCAUGCGCAGCAAUCGGCGACCUGGUGCAAGGUCGGCCUUUGGACAAGUACGAAAAGUAUCUCGAGAAGAUCUGGAGUGUCUGCUUCAAGGUACUUGACGACAUCAAGGAGUCUGUUAGAGCCGCUGCAGCUUCCCUGGCUCGCGUACUAACAGGCAUCCUUACGAGAUCUCUCGAGGCGGAUUCUAUGGCAUCCAAGAAUGCUGCAGUAUUGUUGAAGAAUGUUCUUCCUUUCCUUCUUUCCACAUCUGGCAUUGAGUCGAGCGCAGAAGAGGUUCAAAGCUUUUCUUUGCACACCUUGCUGGAGAUCAUCAAGAAGGCUAGCGGCAAGAUCUUGCGACCGUUCAUUCCCGAAUUGGUCGAGCGACUAGUGGGACUCUUGAGCAUACUCGAACCGCAAGCUGUCAACUACUUGCAUCUCAAUGCAAGCAAGUACAACCUGACUGAGCAAAAGAUUGACGAUAUCCGUCUAUCAAGUAUUCGAAGCAGUCCUCUGAUGGAAGCCAUUGAACGAUGCCUGGAUCUCCUUGACGAGCCCUCGAUGGAACAAUUACAACCUCGUCUUGAAGCUGCUAUGAAGAGCGCAGUAGGUCUGCCUUCAAAGGUUGGCUGUAGUCGUGUUUUGGUCUCCCUCAGCACACGACACAAUGUGCUCUUCAAACCGUACGCAGAUCAAUUCUUGAAGCUGAUUGAGAGGCAAGUAAUCGAUCGAAACGAAACAGUAUCCAGUUCGUAUGCUGCUUCAUCAGGUUAUGUCGCCCGUGGCGCAUCGGACAAACAGAUACUUCGUCUGGCCAGCUUUGCUAAGAAGCUUUAUUUCGAAAGUGAGGGUGACCGCGAACAAACAGUCCCACGCCAGAGUAUCGCGGCUGCCGAUAUCAUGCAAGCAAUUUCGAAGCAUGCAAACGAUCGAUUCAAUUCUCUUUCAUCAGAUCUCCUACCUUUCAUCUUCUUCGGCAAGCACGAUUCCCACGAUCAGGUAAAGGAGAUCUUCCGGAACACAUGGGAAGACAAUGUUGGCGGCAGCCGAGCCAUCUCUCUCUACCUGAAAGAAAUUCUCUUGAUGGCUCAAGAGCAUAUGGAUUCACCGCAAUGGGUGAUCAAGCAUACAGCAGCUCGAUCAGCUGCCGAUGCCACAACAGCUCUUGCAUCGAUGAGCAGUGGAUUCGAUACCACGACCAGCCACUUGAUUUGGCCCGUUCUUGAGAAGGCACUUGGCGGGAAGACUUGGGAUGGUAAAGAGGCGGUACUUUACGCAUUUGUCAAGUUCGUGGAAGGCACUAAGCACGUGUGGUCGGCUGAAGAUGCUGUUGCAAAGACAUUCGUCAAGAUUAUUUUAAGAGAAGCUAAACGACAAAACGCGAUGUAUCGCCCACACGCCAUCAAGGGUCUAGGCCUCUUGGUCUCGAACCGAGAAGACCUUGAUCUCUUUGACGCAAUGUGCGAUGUGAUCAAACCUGUGUUUGUCGACGCAGUGGAUACCGCGAACGAAGACAACAUGGAUGUGGACACUGGUGUCGGAGCGGGAGACAAGGAUACGCGGGAAUCUACUAUUGUCAACGGCGUCGAAGCGCUGUACAGACCNCUUGACCGUCCGGAUGUGGAUUGGAUGGCCAGCCAGGAACUUUUGAACAGAAGAUUGGAACGUGUCGUGGAAACCCUGGAGAUAUUGCAGCCGAUGCGCACUGAAGGGCACGCCAGUCUCCGAAGAAUGAUGGAAAAAGCCAAAACAAGUCUGUUGAUUUGUCUUCGAGAAAAGCUAGGAGAGAGCGAUUCUGGCCGCGGAUGGCGCCGUCGCAUCGAGGGGCUGCAGGCAACGACGUAG